UUAGCCACAAAGUGCCCAAAGCGCCGAGCGGAUCCACAGCAAACCACGGCCUGCGUCUGCGCACACCCCCGCACCCCCCGCCUCCGCCUCCGCCCCCGCCUCCGCCACGACCACCGCCACCCCACCCUCGCCUCAUCUACGUCCGCCGUUCUGUGGCGAUGGAGCCGUAACCAAGCUGAAGCGAGCGUGUGAAGCGAGGAGACGCAGAGCAGGCGGCUAUGGAGGAGCAGCGCACGGAGGCUGGAGUCUAGACGCACGCAGAAGCCACCGACUCACUGCGCAGGAUUACUUUUUGCAACAUUUCGAACUCUGUCAGCGUCAGUAGCGCAGGAUUUGCCCUCGUUCUUUGCGUCUGAUCAUCUGUGGCCAUCACUGCGCGGCGAGGAUGCAGGGGAAGGAGGCGAGCGCGUGCACGGGAUGCUGGAGACUAACGCUGCUGUCAUGCGUCCUGGCUCUGCACUUGAUCCCACUGCGUGUCCACGGAAACGCGGUGGAAACCAACAUCACUGAACCUGCUAACGUGACCUCUGUGCCGAGCGAGGAGGAGGAGGGGCCCGCCAAGGUCAACGAGGUCACGGUGUCUCUGAGCAGGAUGAGCGCCGGCGCCGUGACCCCGAGGGCGGCCCGGAGCCCCCGCGGCGGCGACGACGAGGAGCAGAGCAGCGGCAUGUUCGCUGAGACGGUCGCUCCCACGGUGGAGAGAGGCAGCGCGGCGACCACGCCUCAGCUCAGCCCCGACUCGGCUGAGACGGAGAACCUGUUGCCUAGCAACCCGCGCAGAGAGAGCGGCGCGGAGGCCGAGGGCGAGGAGGCGGAGGAGGAGGAUCGUCCGCCGCACACCGAGCCGCCGUGGACCGACGCCAAGGACACGGCCGUGCUGGACCUGGACGACCGCGUCGCCACCGCCUCGCCGCCCGCCGCCGCCGCCGCCACCACCAACGCAGACGUCCUCCACGUGGACUUCUUCGACCCCUCGUCUCGCGGACGCAACCUGGACCUGGCCCCUCCCUCGCCCUCGUCGCUGGCUCACGAGCUGCAGGGCGGUGACCCGACCUCCUGGGCGGUACCGACCGAAUACGACUUCUUCACGCCGUUCGAGGACGGCGUGUCCCCCACCACAGAGGACUACUACAGCACCACCUACGAGCCUCAGCCCCCCGUGCGCUCCAGGCCCUGGGUCCCUGGGCCGGGGCGCCCGGUGGACGGCCCGGCGGGGGCCCUGCCGGCGGACGGGUCGGACGGCGUGGGCGGCUGCCGCGCGGGCUACCAGACGGUGAACGGAAGCUGCCGCUCGCCCUGCGACUCGCUGCCCAGCUACUGCUUCAACGGGGGGCAGUGCUACCUGCUGGAGGGCAUGGGCGCGUUCUGCAGGUGUAACGUCCAGGACUACAUCUGGCACAAGGGCGCCCGCUGCGAGUCGGUGGUGACCGAGUUCCAGGUGAUGUGUUUGGCCGUGGGCGCCUCGGCUCUGGUGCUGCUGCUGCUCUUCAUGAUCGUCGUCUGCUUCGCCAAGAAGCUCCACGUGCUCAAGACGGAGAACAAGAAGCUGCGUAAGCGCAGUAAGUACCGGCCUUCAUCGGAGCAGCACAAUGAUAAUUUCUCGCUGUCCACCAUCGCUGAGGGCUCCCACCCAAAUGUAAGGAAACUGUGCGACACCCCUCCUAACGUCCCUCAUGCCCGUGCAUUGGCUUACUAUGAUAACAUUAUCUGUCAGGAUGAUCCUAACUCCCAGAACAAGCUGGAGGACCCGGUUAAGGCCCCUCCCAAGGAGGACGACUCCCUCAACAUCCACAACUCUCUGACACCCAAACACGAGAACCACAAGGUCCUGGGCGAGGAGAACUCCUCGGAGGUAAACUCACUGCAGAACAACAUGAUGUAAAAACAGCACCUCCCCAGCAACCUGACAACACGUCAAGGUGCGCCGGCAACGGAAGCCCCGCCCCCUCCCCGCUUCGCACCCGUCCGUUGCCGGGCGCCUCUUACCGGUCAACCAACCAACAAGCAACCAGCCUGACCACCAACCAGCCAGCCAACCCAGCGCAACACCUCUGACACGGCAACACUGCCACCGAGCGGCUCCGGCCGCUGCAAACACCUCCUCACAGCCUCCACCGCCCCCGCUGAGCGUGACCCCGCCCCCACUGAGCGUGACCCCGCCCCCGCCGCCGCCCGCACCCCCACCCGGCCUACGCCCUGUCUCGCAGCCCCUCCCCUCUUGUUGCUGUCACACUACUCCCUUUUAUCUUCCCUACCUGCACCACACACACACGCACACACACACACACACACACACACACACACGCACACACACACACACACACACACACGCACACACACACACGCACACAAACACACACACACACACGCACACGCACACGCACACACACACACACACACACACACACACACACACACACACACACACACACACACACAGUGAAAAUAUUGAAACCAUGCUUAUAUGUUUACACACACACCCUCCCCUGCCUGCAUUGGUGUAUUUUGUAAAAAGAAAGAGUCAUAAAGAAUCUAAAACAUACGUAAACGUCAUUGUAAAAACGUGAAGAUAAAGCUACUGAGAGGUUUUGAUGUUUGUCUGACUAAUCCAGUGAGUAUGUAUAAAUAUUGGAAAAAAUGCUCGGAUUGAUUCAAAAGAAGCAACACAAUGUGUCUUGGUUUUCAUUGAUGUGAUUUCUAAUCCUUUGAUGUACUUGUUUUUUUGGUUGGGUUUUUUUGUACUUUUUUGGGAUUUUGAACAGAGAAUAAACAAUCGAGAUUCCGACCGUUGUUGAAAUAAACCUUUUUAACAUGA